AUGGACAAACCGGAUCCUCCACCGAAUCCAAAUGCGGAUCCCGUCCCCUCCUCCUUCCACCGCCGAUCUCGCUCCGACGACAUGUCGAUGUUCAUGUUCACGGAUCCGCUCUCCUCCGCAGCUCCGCCUUCUUCCGACGACCUUCCCUCCGACGACGAUCUCUUCUCCUCCUUCAUCGACGUCGACAGCCUCUCCUCGAAUCCGGAUCCCCCGAUCUCCUUCCCAGAUCCCUCCCCCGCCGUUCCUCCGUCGUCCUCGUCUCGACCUCGCCACCGUCACAGCAACUCCGUCGACGCGGGAUGCGCGAUGUACGCCGGGGACGAGAUCAUGGACGCGAAGAAAGCCAUGCCUCCCGAAAAGCUCUCCGAGCUCUGGAGCAUCGAUCCCAAACGCGCCAAAAGGAUCUUGGCGAAUCGACAAUCUGCAGCGCGUUCGAAGGAGAGGAAAGCAAGAUACAUUCAGGAGCUUGAGCGUAGAGUUCAAUCUCUUCAAACUGAAGCCACCACUCUCUCUGCUCAGCUCACUCUCUUCCAGAGAGAUACAAAUGGACUUGCUAACGAGAACACAGAGCUGAAAAUGAGAUUACAAGCAAUGGAGCAACAAGCUCACCUUCGUAAUGCUUUAAACGAAGCAUUGAGGAAAGAAGUGGAGAGGAUGAAGAUGGAAACUGGAGAGAUAUCUGGAAAUUCAGAUUCUUUCGAUAUGGGGAUGCAGCAGGUUCAGUAUUCCCCUUCCACGUUCAUGGCGAUUCCACCGUAUCAUCAUGGCUCAAUCAACAACGGCCAAGAUAUGCAGCAGAUGCGAGGAUUCAAUCAAAUGUCGAAUUCUCAGAGCGUAUCCGAGUUUCUGCAGAACGGGAGAUUGCAAGUGCUAGAGAUAAGUAGCAAUAAUAGCUCAGGCUUGGUUAAAUCUGAAGGACCUUCGCUCUCUGGUAGUGAGAGUAGCUCUGCUUAUUGACAAAAGACCUUGGGGGAUGAGAAUACAUGUGUUAUAGGCUUUUAGAUUCAUUUGAUUUGAUUCACUUUUCGAUUAUUUACCAAUUCUUUAUUUAUGGAGGUGCCAAAGGCUUUAAACU